AUGCAAGCGCCCGUUACUGCUGUGGCACUUGGACGCGUGGACCUGCAGUCCUGGGUCCCCAACAUUUCUGCGCUCCCCGCUGACUCGGCCUCGCCCUUCCCCCCAGGCCAUGCCCCCCUCCCCAAUGGAUCGCUGCAGAACUGGACGGAGGGCGGCGGGGACUUUGCGCCGAGUGCCGCUGGGGUCCUCAUUCCCCUCAUCUACGUCGCCGUCUGCGCCGUGGGUUUAGGCGGCAACACGCUGGUGAUCCACAUCGUGCUGCGCUACUCCUACACGCAGUCCGUUACCAACAUCUACAUCCUGAACCUCGCCAUAGCCGACGAGCUGUUCAUGCUCGGCCUUCCCUUCCUGGCAGUGCAGAACGCGCUGCUCUCCUGGCCAUUCGGCUCGCUGAUGUGCCGGCUGGUCAUGACCGUGGACGCCAUCAACCAGUUCACCAGCAUCUUCUGCCUGACGGUGAUGAGCAUCGAUCGCUAUCUGGCCGUAGUGCACCCCCUCCGCUCCUCCAAGUGGCGGCGGCCUCAGGUAGCCAAAGCCGUGAACGUGACGGUGUGGGCCGUCUCCUUCGUUGUCGUCCUGCCCGUGGUGGUGUUCGCCGACGUGCUGCAGGAUGACGGCAACUGCAGCAUCGUGUGGCCGGAGCCGGCAGAGGUGUGGAAGGCAGCGUUCAUCGUCUACACGGCUACGGUGGGCUUCUUCGCCCCCCUGCUGGUCAUCUGCCUGUGCUACCUGCUCAUCGUUGUCAAGGUACGCAGCUCCGGGCGCCGCGUGCGAGCCACAUCCGUGCGGCGCCGUAAGUCGGAACGCAAGAUCACGCGGAUGGUGGUGAUCGUGGUGGCUGUGUUCGUGCUCUGCUGGCUGCCAUUCUACAUACUGAAUAUCGUCAACCUGUUGGUGCUGCUCCCUGGGGAGCUCCGUGGCCUGUACUACUUUGUGGUGGUUCUGUCGUACGCCAACAGCUGUGCCAAUCCCAUUCUGUACGGAUUCCUCUCGGACAACUUCAAGCGAGGUUUCCGGAAAGCACUGUGCCGCUCAACCAGGCGGGUGGACAAUGAGGAAUUACAGCAGGGCACCAUGGGAAACCAUACUCUGCCACUGGAGGAAGUGAAAAGAGAUCUGGAGCCCAGAGAGUGUUUGAGAGAAUCCUGUCCACAGACACAGUGUGAGAGGGAUAAAGAGGAAGAGGAAGAAGAGGAGGGAGUAGAAAUAAGCUAUAUGGAGAACGCCACCCAGACGACCGAACUCUACAGGUCUGUACAGAACGGCUGCAGGAAUGGGCAGCUGGAGGGCACUAGGACCGUGUUCUCACACAGGGCUGACAGCCAGGGUGCAGAACCCAGUAGCGGAACCAGGAUUCGGGCGAGCAGGGGUUAUAUUAGUCCGACCACUGCUCCUGCUCUCUCUCGCGCUUGGAAGGAGAACGUGCAACCGCUGUCGGAGAAUGCAACAGAAACCGUCCUGGAAAUCAGUUACCUGUGA